GGCAGCUCCGAGCAAGCCAUGAGGAGGCUGCUGCCCCUCUGCUGCUGGCAUUCCUGGCUGCUGCUGUUUUACUGCGACUGGCAGGUGCACGGAGCCCGCUCCGGGUCCCAAGCCCACCCAGGAUUUGAGGUCUUGGCUUCUGCUUCGCAUUACUGGCCAUUGGAAAACGUGGACGGGAUCCACGAACUUCAGGAUACAACUGGAGCAUUGCGAACCCACAACCUCACUGUGCUUCCUUCCCAUAAUUCUACCUUUGUAUAUACCAAUGACUCUGCCUACUCAAAUUUCUCUGCAACUGUAGAUAUUGUAGAAGGAAAGGUCAACAAAGGCAUUUACCUCAAAGAGGAAAAAGGAGUCACGCUUCUCUAUUACGGAAGGUACAAAACCUCGUGCAUCAGUAACCCGGCCCAGUGUGGCCCUGAGGGGGUCACGUUUUCUUUCUUCUGGAAGACACAAGGAGAGCAGUCCAGACCGAUCCCUUCUGCUUACGGCGGACAGGUCAUCUCCGACGGGUUCAAAGUCUGCUCCAGCGGCGGCAGGGGCUCGGUGGAGCUGUACACGCGGGACAAUUCCAUGACGUGGGAGGCCUCCUUCAGCCCUCCAGGCCCCUACUGGACUCAUGUCCUGUUUACGUGGAAAUCCAAGGAGGGUCUGAAAGUCUACGUCAAUGGGACUCUGAGCACCUCCGACCCAAGUGGAAAAGUGUCUCAUGCCUACGGGGAGCCCAACGUCAACCUUGUGAUAGGGUCCGAGCAGGACCCGACCAAGCGCUAUGAGAAUGGAGCUUUUGACGAGUUCAUCAUCUGGGAGCGGGCCCUGACUCCAGAGGAGAUCGCGAUGUACUUCACAGCGGCCAUCGGAAAGCAUGUUUUGUUGUCUUCAACCCCAGCAGGCUUCCUCACGACAGCCACGGCAGACCCCAUGGUGCCCACCGACGCCUACCAUCCCAUCAUAACCAACUUGACAGAGGAGAGGAAAAACUUCCAGAGUGCUGGAAUUGUACUGACUUACCUUCAGAACGUGUCCCUCAGCUUACCCAAUAAAUCCCUCUCGGGGGAAACGGCGCUGAACCUCACCGAGACCUUCUUAAAAUCCGUGGGAGAGGUUCUUCAACUGCCCAGUUGGACUAGUGUGUCAGAGGACAGCGCUGUGGUGCUGGGCUUGAUUGGAACUGUCGACACCGUCAUGGGCCACAUAUCUUCCAACCUGCAUGCCAGCGAGCCCCAGGUCACCAUCAUAGGCUCUUCCUCCACGGCAGAGUUCUCGGUGGCCAAACUCCUGCCCAAGACCAUGAAUUCCUCCCACUACCGCUUCCCGGCCCAGGGGCAGAGCUACAUUGAGAUUCCGCACGAGGCUUUCCGCAGCCCAGGCUGGACCAUCAUCGUGGGCCUUCUCUACCACAGAAUGCACUAUUACUUGAACAACAUCCCGCCAGCCAAUACCAAGAUUGCUGAGGCGGCGAAUUACCAAGACUGCCUGCUGUCAGCCACCAGCUUCCUCAUCUCCCUGGAGGUGUCCCCGCCGCCCGCACUCUCCCGGAACCUGUCGGGCUCCCCGCUGGUCACCGUCCGUCUCAGGCACAAGCUGACUCGCAGGCAGUACAGCGAGGCCACCAAUGAGAGCAACCGAGUCUUCCUGUACUGCGCCUUCCUGGACUUCAGCUCCGGGGAAGGGGUCUGGUCCAACCAGGGCUGUGCGCUCACAGAAGGGAACCUCAGCUACUCCGUCUGCCGCUGCACUCACCUCACCAACUUCGCCAUCCUGAUGCAGGUGGUCCCGCUGGAGCUCACGCACGGACACCAGGUGGCGCUCUCAUCCAUCAGUUACAUCGGCUGCUCCGUGUCCGUGCUCUGCCUGGCCGUCACGCUGGUCACCUUCGCUGUGCUCUCCUCGGUCAGCACCAUCCGGAACCAGCGCUACCACAUCCACGCCAAUCUGUCCUUUGCCGUCCUGGUGGCCCAGGUCCUGCUGCUCAUCAGCUUCCGCUUGGAGCCAGGCACGACCCCGUGCCGGGUGCUGGCCAUGCUUCUGCACUACUUCUUCCUGAGCGCCUUCGCCUGGAUGCUGCUGGAAGGGCUCCAUCUCUACAGCAUGGUGAUCAAGGUCUUCGGCUCGGAGGACAGCAAGCAUCUCUACUACUAUGGGAUGGGAUGGGGUUUUCCUCUUCUGGUCUGCGUCAUUUCAGUAUCGUCUGCCGUGGACAGUUACGGAACGAGUGACAAUUGCUGGCUGUCGCUCGGGAGUGGCGCCAUCUGGGCCUUCGUCGCCCCUGCACUGUUCAUCAUUGUGGUCAACGUCGUCAUCCUCGUCGCCGUGACCAGGGUCAUUUCACAGAUCAGCGCCGACAACUACAAGGUCCAUGGAGAUCCCAGUGCCUUCAAGUUGACAGCAAAAGCUGUGGCCGUGCUGCUGCCCAUCUUGGGGACCUCGUGGGUCUUUGGCGUGCUUGCUGUCAACAGGCGGGCCGUGGUCUUCCAGUACAUGUUUGCCGUCCUCAACUCCUUACAGGGAUUUUUCAUCUUCCUCUUUCAUUGUCUCCUGAAUUCCGAGGUGAGGGCUGCCUUCAAGCACAAGACCAAGGUCUGGUCCCUCUCAAGCAGCUCUGCCCGCAACGCCACCGUGAAGCCCUUCAGCUCUGAAGUCAUGAACGAGACCCGGCCCGGCACGGCCUCCUCUAAGCUCAGCCCGUGGGACAGGAGCAGCCACUCCGCCCACCGCGUGGACCUGUCCGCCGUGUGAGCAGAGAGCCAUCGGCCUGCCCUCAGAUCACCCCCACCCCGCACACAAAACACAAGAGCAGUCUACCUUCACCAGUGGGACCCUGUCCUCGUGGCUGUCUGGACGUGGGGGUCUCGGCCCCUGUGACGGUGUCCUCACCCGUGACCCUCUCUGUGUGACAGAGCCCACUGC